AUGAAACUUGUAUCCUGGACCAUGACCGGUCCUAGCUUCUUCCUCCUUUCCAUCCAGCUAGGAAGCCUAGCCCUCGCCACCGCAGCACCCUCGUCCACAGUGGUCAGCUACCUUUCCGCGAUCUGGGACAUCCCUUUCGCUAGCAUGGCUGCCAGUGCGGUUGCCGUCAAUCCAGAGGCGACCACCUAUGAAGUCUUAUGUCUUUCUGGCGCCCCAACCACUGACUGUCGCUGGACCACCCUCCCAAUCACCUUGAUUGCCGGCCCAACAACCGUUCACUUCAAAGUGCCCGUCUCUACCAGUACCUUGGUCCAGGACGUCAGCGUUAUGGCCCGAGGGCUGAUGACUAUGGCGUGCGAUUUCCCGCAACCCAAGACGAUUACAUGCACGAUGACGGCGGAAUUGACAGCUUCCCCCCGUGGGGUGACCUCUUCAUUUAGCAGCAGAUCCCUCGUCGGAACCAUUGCCUCCGAUAGGGUUUCAUAUGAGCCUCUAACGGUCACUGGGGGACUGGAGAAAUUUCAGACUUCUGCCACUCCGGCGACGAUGACCGCGGCUGCUUCGAAUCUGGUGGAGCAGGUCAUGGCGACGAGGAUGCCGGUUGGGGCGGUCGUGGCUGCGGCGAGACAGGAUCCCCUUUGA